CAGCUGCUGCCAGUAGUCCACAGGUACGCAACGCGUUCGGGCCACUGGCUGUCUGUGCAUGUGCGCGAGCGCGAUAGUGAGUGUACCUAUAUAUUUUAUUUUAUUAUUAUUAUUAUAUUAUUAUUAUUAUUAAUAUUAUUAUUAUUAUUGAUAUUAUUGUUAUAAUAAUAUUAUAAUUACACAACGUCGUAUUCGUUUGUCGUUGACGAUGUUAAGUCACUCGCAAAUAUUACGCGAUUUGGACAGGUCACAGGUAUAACUGUUUUGCGCUCGCACUAUAGUGGAAAACGCAUCGUUACAGUUAUCGUAAUAAUAUCAUAAUAUUAUUAUCAAACCGCUAUCACCGCUAGACGUGACCCGCGAUUUUGGCACAUAAAUUCUUCGGCAUAUAGACCGUGGUCCAAAGCGAGCAAGCCGCUAGGUAAGCAGCGUUACUUCGGCAAUCGGCAAUCGCUACGAACGUGGGGACGAUCGCAUUAUAUAAAACUUAACUAUCGAAAAAAUCGGAGGAGUUUCUUCGGGAGAAGACUGCGCGUAAACAGGAGAACCUUCAGCAGGGAACCGACGGCGGCGGCGACAACGCGUUCUCGAGGCAUCCCCCGUCACGUCAUAUAUGGUAUACGUUUGGAAUGAGUUACUAAUUUGGGAAAUGCAAAAUAUGUAUAAAUAUUCAUUAUAAAAAAUACAGAUACGAACCAUGGUCAAACAGUGUUUGAAAAAAAUUUUGAAAAAAUUUAAUAUGCCCGGACAACUCUCUGUGUGGCCCGUAUGCCUUUUCAGUGUCAAUAAACCAGAAAUUGGACGCAUCAAGAGUUCUCAUACUUCCUCAAAAAGGUGUAAUGAAGCGCGGCGUAUGUCCGAAGGUGGUCUCGUCAUGUCUUCAUGCGCGGCUGCCAACUUCAACAACAACAACACCACAAACAACAACAACAACAGCAGCAGCCACAACGGCGUCGGCAGGACGACGACGUCCACCGUGCCCAGGCGCAAGUUCAGCUUCCCGGCGGUGUUGCAGUCGCACAGCCUGCAAUCCGAACUGGGCGGCGUCGACUUCGGCGGCGGGCCGUCGCUCACCGUGGCCACGGCCCGCCGGCGGUUCAGCAACGUCAGCGACGUCGUGUCCCGGAAACUGUCGCACACCAUCGGCUGGCGGACGGCCGUGCCGACGGAACAGAUCGCGCGACACGGCAAGGCGCUGUGCGUGCAGUACAUCCGGUGGAAGCUGAAGCGGGCCGGCGCGUACACGAAAAAGUGCGCCGGAGCGUUGCGCACGGCCAGCGCGGCCGCCAGCCCGGCGGCUUCGGUGGACGGCAGUGGCGGCGCCGCCGGCGGAAGUGGCGGCGGCUACUUCAUACCGCCGCUACAGGCGAUGGCGGCGGCCGGGGGGGCCGACCACAACGACGGCGUGCGCCGCGACGUGUUCCCCGCCGUGCUCCGGGUCGGACUCCAGUUGGAGCGGCUCGACCCGAAACUGUACGCGGCCGGAGCGGUAGCCGCCGAGACCGCGGCCGCUACAGCCGCGUCCACGGCCGGCGCUGCGGGCAACCCGUCGGCGACCGCGCCGACCGCCGACUCGGCCGUGUCGCCUCAGCGCCUGUUCCAGCGGCACCACCGGCCCUCGUACAGGAGAAACGUGGCCACCGCUUCGGUCGUCCUGGUGUCCGUGUCCCGGGAACUGUUCCGGGCCGGCGCCCAGGUCACGUGGGCCAAAGUCGUGUCGCUCAUGUGCGUGGCCGCCGGGCUGGCGGUCGACUGCGCGCGCCGCGGCCGUGCCGAUCAACUGCCCGACCUGAUCGAAGCCGUCGGCGAAGUGAUCGAGGACGAUCUGGCCGCUUGGAUACACUACAACGGCGGAUGGAUGGGGCUCCAGUCGUACUGCAAACCAGUGGUCAUCAACGUCGAAAAUCCUGUGUCCACUCAAAUCCUGUAUCUAGUGUCAUUGCUCAUAGUUGUCAUAUUUUUUUUAUUGUUGUUGAGGUGGUUCGACUUCAUCUCUGUUUUCCGAUGAACCGUCUGCAGCAGAAGACGUCCAACAAUAUUAUACAAACAUAAUAUAUAUAUAUAUAUAUAAAUAUAUUUUAUUACUACAAUAUACAUUAUAUAUAAGUAGGUGUAUCUGCCUAUUAUAUACAGUUUUAGAAAUAUAUCAUCCGAUAUUUUAUGCGCAUAUAAUAUAUUUAUAUAUAUAUAGGUAUAAAAUGUAUCUACUAUAAAUGAUAAUAUGUGUGCAGUAAAAUGUUUAAACAAUAUAAAUAUAUAAUAUAGUAUUAAUAUUA